AUGAAGGUAUAUGCUAAUAUAAUUGAGCAAAAGAAUGGGCCUACUGUUGCGGAAAUAGAGAAUUUGUUCAAACCAGUAAUCAGUGAAGAUCCUCAACUAUACUGGGACAAGAAUCCAGUAUAUUACCAGCUUAAGAUGCAUGAUGCGAACGCCAUCUGCCAUGUCAAAGCCAUCCCUCAUUAUAGGGAAGAAGAUUCAAAAGAGAUGGAAAGUCAGAUUCAUGAACUACUUGAGAAAAAGUUACUCAGACCUUCAAACAGUCUGCAUCAUGCUCCAGCUUUUCUAGUAAGAAACCAUGUGGAACAGGUUAGGGGAAAAGCUAGAACGGUCAUUGAUUACAUAGAUGUUAACAAAAAGACCGUAAAAGAUGGUUAUCAGAUAGCUUAG